AUGUAUCCGAGACACAUAAGAGGUCGACUUUCUUUCUCGAUCAAGCGGAAGGAUCGCGAAAUCCAGCACGCCAAGCCUGAGAAUGCCUUGGUGAUUGAAGACAGCCCUGAGAAACCUCCCCCCAAGAAAAUCUGCCGUACCAGUGUCGCCGAAUCUGACGUCAGUGUCGCUGUCAAGCGCUGCUCAGACUCUGGAACGAACCCCACUCAGGGAAGGACUCAGGAGAAUAAUAACAACAGUAAUGAUGGCGACAAACAUGUUGAGGAAGCAGAAGCUUCGAAUGGGAAUGAAACUGAGGGGGGACCUGUCAUAUCCGACGCGAAUUCUCAAGAGCCAGCCGAUCCGACCGGGACCGUGGAAUCGAGGCUUGAGGGCAACACCGAGAAGCAGGAGGAAAACGCCGAUAAUAAUGAGAAUGAUGAGGACGACGUCGAAGUCAUGGACGUUUCUCUCGCCGAGUCGUCCAUCCUCGAAUCUACAAUCGAAUCAGUCGCGGAUGACAGUGAAAACAAUGAAAAAUCCGAUCCAAACACGCCGACUGCUCCGAAACGGGCUCGACUAAGCAAGACCGAGGCCGCAUGGCAGCGCCUCAAGCAGCAGAAGGACAAGGAACUCAGACAGAAGGAGAAAGACGAGAGGCUCAAGUUGAGACAGGAGGAGAGAGAGCGUCGUGAGCAGGAGAGGAAAGAGUUGAGGGAUAAGAAGGAGAAAGAACGUCUGGAAAAGGAGAAGAAAAAAGAAGAGGAACGUCUGGAACGGGAAAGGAAGAAAGAGGAAGAGCGUCAAGCGAAAGAACGCGAGCGCAUCGAGAGAGAGAAGAAAAAAGAAGAAGAACGUCAACUACGGGAGAAGGAGCGAAUUGAGAAGGAAAAAGAAAAGGAAGAGAAGGAAAAACUCCGUCGGGAAAAAGAAGACGAGAAGCGUCGACGGGAAGAAGACAAAAAACGUGAACUAGAGGAAGAAUCCGCCAAGAAAGAGAAGGCCAAACAAGCAUUCAGGUCGUUUUUCGUGAAGAAAACUUGCGCACCGAACCCCGAAGAUAAGGAUUCCGUGGCUCCCAGAGAGGAUGGCAUGAAGGAGGACGAAGGCAGCCGCGGCGAAAGCGCGGGUCCGAUCAAGUUCCGACCGUUCCAGUUGAAGAAAGAUAUGAAAUUGGCUCCGAUUGUUUCCGAGGAUGCAAAGAACCGUUUCGUCAAAAGCGCGCUGGAGGCGAGGCUGAAGGAACAGAACGCGAGCGUCGCGAGCCUCUAUAUAAAACAGCUGAGCGGAGGUUACAAACCCUUGAAAAGCAGCAAAAGGAGCAAGACCGAUAAUCAGGAGCCCGAGGACCAAGACGUGAUCGUUAUCACGAGAUCCAACCGGGAUGUCGAUGAGUCUUGCGGCGGUCGAAUGAGAGCGAAACUUCUCCAGUUCGCAGAGAACUACCGACCGGCCUACUACGGUACGUGGCGGAAGAGGUGCCCUCAAAUCAACGGGCGGAGACCGUUCAGCAAAUAUUGCGACUUCGAUUACGCCGUCGACUCUGAUGACGAAUGGGAAGAGGGAGAGGGUGAGUCGUUAGCGGGAACGGAUGAUGAAAAGGAGGAAAAGGACGAGGUCGAGGAGGAAUAUGAGGAGGACGACUUCCUUGUACCACACGGUUACCUCAGCGAGAGCGAGGAGGACGAAGAAGAUGAUCAGCCCAUGGAUCCUGAGGCUCUGAAAGCCAGAAUCGCUGCUCGACAAGAGGAGUUCAAGGCCGAUCGAAAAGCAGGACUUCAAAAGAAGAAGAUUGUGGCCGUCUGCUCGCUCGGACCUGACGGCGUCGCUCUGCAGGAAGAAAUCAAAGUUCUCAGUCAGUUCAAGGCGGUGCUCAUGGUCGCCAACGGUUUGGCCCCGAGCUGGGAACGAGAGAGUGAGGUAGUCAUAAACAGCAAGGAUGCGGAACCCGCGGUUCUGACCGGAAAAGCCCUCGAACUCUUCUGCAAGACGGCGCACGGAUUCCAGGGCGGCGUUCGAGCCCUGUACGACACUUUCUUCCAGAAAUGGAAGAGCGUCAGCGACGUGAGAGUCACCAGCAAAAGCUUGAAAAUGACGUUGACCAACUGCUGCAAACGGUCGAAAUCUCUAAAUGCCAUGGUGGUCAAUCGACAACUACUCGAAAAGUUUGGUCUGGAACCUCUCGAGGAGGAUACAGGAAACGAUGCGACACCAACCUUAUCGAAGUUCCUCCCGAACGAUGUGAUCCCUGAACUCAUAAAAGUCACCCAGGGAAACUCCAAAACCUCACAGAUCCUUGACGAUUUCUUGACGUUGAUGGCGCACAGAAAAUUCGGAAAAGCUCAAGUCAAGCGCACGUUGACAACCAUUGGUGAAUACGAUUCCGUCCAAAGGUGUUGGCUCGUCAAAGACGAGUGCCUCAAAGAACACGGUCUCGAGAACCUGAAAAUCGAGAAGGCGACCAAGAAAGACGUCAAAGAAGAAAAAUCAAAUAAGGCGAAAGAAGGGAAUAAAUCAAAAGAUGAGAGAAAAUCCAAACAACCUGACGAAGAUCAGAAGAAUAGCAACAAAGAAAACGAUGACUCGAAAGAUUCCACGAAACUUCCGCCAGCAGACGCGCCGUGCAAAACAGAGGAGACCUCGAACCUCACCCCCGAGGCGACUACUCCCAGGCGCGUCUCGAUCAAGAGUUUCUUCACCCCGAAAUCCAAAAUUUCAACGACGCCUACGUCUUCGAGAGGCCAGUCCUCGGCUACCCCGAAAAUACUGACAUCGACCAAGGAUUCGUCUUCCAACAGAGACGAAUCGAACGCUCCGACGCCGAUGGCAGUCGGCGUAUCGACAGCCGAAGUCCCGAAGGCCAAGAAACGAGUCCAGCUCACCACGCUGUCGAGAACGCCAACUCUGAAGGAGGAGAAAAAAACCCAAGCUGUUCUCGACAAGGAUGAACUAAUCCUCAUCGAAGACAGCAAUUGA